AUUUAUCAGGCUCCAUUGAUGACCUGCCUACUGGAACUGAAGCCACAUUGAGUUCAGCGGUUAGCGCAUCAGGUUCUACCAGCAGUCAAGGGGAGCAGAGCAAUCCAGCACAGUCACCUUUCUCCCCUCAUGCCUCUCCACAUCUCUCCAGCAUUCCUGGGGGCCCGUCCCCUUCCCCCGUGGGCUCUCCAGCUGGAAGCAACCAGUCAAGGUCUGGUCCCAUUUCUCCUGCAAGUAUUCCAGGUAGCCAGAUGCCAUCCCAGACUCCUGGUACCCAAUCAGAAUCUAGCUCCCAUCCUGCCUUGAGCCAAUCCCCAAUGCCACAGGAUCGAGGUUUUAUGACAGGCAUUCAAAGAAACCCUCAAUUGUCACAAUAUGCACCUCAGCAGACUGGGCCUUCUAUGUCACCACAUCCUUCACCUGGAGGUCAAAUGCAUUCUGGAAUUGGGAGCUUUCCACAAAGUAAUUCAAGUGGUACUUAUGGAACUCAGAUGAGCCAAUAUGGACCACAAGGAAACUACUCCAGACAGCCAACAUACUCUGGAGUGACCAACGCAAGUUACAGUGGCCCAGGACCUGGUAUGGGUUUAAAUGCCAGCAACCAGAUGCAUGGACAGGGUCCAGGCCAGCCUUGUGGUACCAUUCCCUUGGGACGAAUGCCAUCAGCUGGGAUGCAGAGCAGACCGUUUCCUGGAAAUAUGAGCAGCAUGACACCCAGUUCUCCAGGCAUGGCUCAGCAAGGAGGCCCUGGGAUGGGACCACCCAUGCCAACUGUGAACCGUAAGGCCCAGGAGGCAGCUGCAGCCGUGAUGCAAGCUGCUGCCAACUCCGCCCAGAGCAGGCAAGGCAGUUUUCCUGUCAUCAAUCAGAGUGGCAUUAUGGGAUCCAGCUCUCCCUACACCCAACCAAUGAACAGCAACUCAAGCCUGAUGAACCCUCAAGCGCCUCCUUACAGCAUGGCACCUAACAUGGUGAACAGUUCCACAGCACCUAUGGGUCUUGCAGAUUUGAUGACUCAAGGCGAGUCCAAAUUGCCCGUUCCUCUCAAACCGGAUGGAAAAGAAGAAGGACCUCCCCAGCCUGAGAGCAAAAAGAAAUCAAGUUCCUCCAACACAACUGGAGAGAAGAUCACCAAAAUGUAUGAGCUGGGAACUGAACCAGAGCGGAAAGUUUGGGUGGAUCGGUAUCUCAACUUCAUGGAGGAGAGGGGAACACCUGUAGCUGGUCUCCCUGCUGUUGGCAAGAAGCCGCUGGAUCUUUUUAGGCUCUAUGUUUGUGUUAAGGAGAUUGGAGGCUUAGCCCAGGUUAAUAAAAAUAAGAAAUGGCGUGAGCUGGCGACCAACCUAAAUGUUGGCACUUCAAGCAGCGCAGCCAGCUCCUUGAAAAAACAAUAUAUUCAAUACCUCUUUGCCUUUGAAUGCAAGAUUGAACGAGGGGAGGAGCCCCCUCCAGAAGUCUUCAGCACUGGAGAUACUAAGAAACAAGCUAAGAUUCAACCGCCAUCUCCUGCUAACUCGGGUUCUCUUCAGGGUCCACAGACCCCUCAGUCUACUGGGAGCAAUUCUAUGACAGAAGUGCCAAGCGACCUCAAGCCUCCAACACCAGCGUCCACACCUCAUGGACAGAUGACACCUACACAGGGCAGCAGAAAUAGUUCAGUCAGUGUACAUGAUCCCUUUUCGGAUGUAAGUGAUUCCACAUACCCAAAACGGAACUCCAUGACUCCAAAUGCACCCUAUCAGCAAACAAUGAAUGUGCCAGAUAUGAUGGGAAGGAUGCCCUAUGAGCCAAACAAGGAUCCUUUUGGUGGGAUGAGAAAAGUGCCUGGAAAUAGUGAACCCUUCAUGGCCCCUGGACAAAUGCCCAACAGUGGCAUGCAGGAUAUGUACAGCCAGAGUCCCGCUGGAACCAUGUCCAACAUGGGCAUAGGCCAACGCCAACAGUUUCCCUAUGGAAGUGGUUAUGACCGGAGGCAUGAACCAUAUGGACAGCAGUAUCCAAUGCAAGCGCCACCUUCUGGACAACCACCUUAUGGAGGACACCAGCCAGGAAUGUUUCCACAGCAGCAGAACUACAAACGCCAUAUGGAUGGCAUGUAUGGGCCUCCAGCAAAACGUCAUGAUGGAGAUAUGUUUAACAUGCAGUAUGGAAACCAACAGCAGGAUAUGUUUAACCAGUACAGCAGUGCUUAUGCUGGACCAGACAGGAGACCCAUGCAGGGACAGUAUCCAUAUCCUUAUAACAGGGAGAGGAUGCAGGGUCCUGGACAAAUGCAACAACAUGGAAUACCUCCUCAGAUGAUUGGUGGCCCUAUGCAGUCAUCAGCUUCCAGUGAAAGCCCCCAACAGAAUAUGUGGCCCACAAGAAAUGAUAUGUCUUACCCAUAUCAGAACAGGCAAGGUCCUGGGGGCCCUGCACAGGCCCCACCUUAUCCAGGGAUGAACCGUACUGAAGAUAUGAUGGUACCUGACCAGAGAAUAAACCAUGAAAGCCAGUGGCCUUCUCAUGUCAACCAGAGACAGCCUUCUUACAUGUCAUCCUCUGCUUCCAUGCAGCCUAUCACUCGACCUCCUCAGUCAUCCUAUCAGACGCCACCAUCAAUGCCAAACCACAUAUCUCGAGCUCCUAGCCCUGCAUCUUUCCCACGCUCUCAUGAAAAUCGUAUGUCUCCCAGUAAAUCUCCUUUCCUAUCCUCUAUGAAGAUGCCAAAAGUUAUGCCUGCUCUUCCGGGCUCACAGGUCACAGGUCCUCCAACACAGCCACCACCACCUAUCAGGCGGGAAGUCACUUUUCCUCCAGGUUCAGUAGAAGCAUCCCAACCAGUCUUAAAACCAAGACGAAAGAUUACCUCAAAAGAUAUUGUGACUCCUGAGGCAUGGCGAGUGAUGAUGUCUCUUAAAUCGGGCCUUCUUGCUGAAAGUACUUGGGCGUUAGAUACUAUUAAUAUUCUUCUGUAUGAUGACAGUACAGUUGCUACUUUCAAUCUCUCUCAGUUAUCUGGUUUUCUUGAGCUGUUGGUGGAAUAUUUUAGAAAAUGCCUGAUUGAUAUUUUUGGGAUCCUUAUGGAAUAUGAAGUGGGACAUCCGGGACCAAAACUGCAAGAUCAUACUUCAUCUCAAAAUGAGGAUGGACAGUCUGCAAUAGAGGAUGUCAGAAAAGAGGAAGAAAACAAUGAUGAAUGUAUUGAUUACUUUGAUGAACUUGAAGAUGAGGAGGAAGAAGAGGAAGAAGAUGAAAAUGAGAACACUGAAGAAGGGAAGAGCACUGUUGUUGCUCCACUUGGUGCCAUUGUUGAUCCAAGUGAGAGGCCAAAACAAGCCAGUAAGUUUGACAAGUUGCCAAUAAAAAUUGUGAAGAAAAACAACUUAUUUGUUGUUGACCGAUCUGACAGGCUGGGGCAUGUUCAGGAAUUCAACAGUGGGCUUCUUCACUGGCAACUUGGUGGGGGUGAUACAACUGAACACAUUCAGACCCACUUUGAGAGUAAGAUGGAGAUUCCUCCUCGCAGACGGCCAUCUCUGUCAGUCUCCUCAGGUAAAAAGAAGAAUGUGGAGGGGAAAGGAGAAUCUGAGGAACAGCAAGACAAAAGCAUAUCAGCCACUAUUGAUGAUGUCUUGUCAGCUCGUCCAGGAGCAUUGUCUGAAGACUCAGACUCUAAUUCUCAGACAGAUAGCAGUAAAUUUCCAUUUGGGAUCCAUCAAGUCAAAAGUCAUCGGAAUAUCAAGCUGCUGGAAGAUGAGCCACGGAGUCGAGAUGAAACUCCUCUAUGCACCAUUAAUCACUGGCAAGAUUCUUUGGCCAAGCGUUGCAUCUGUGUGUCAAAUAUUGUCCGCAGCUUAUCUUUUGUGCCUGGCAAUGAUGUGGAAAUGUCAAAACAUCCAGGCUUGGUGCUAAUCUUGGGAAAGUUGAUUCUUCUCCAUCAUGAACACCCAGAAAGAAAGCGUGCACCACAGACAUAUGAAAAAGAGGAAGAAGUGGACAAAGGGGUGGCCUGCAGCAAGGAUGAGUGGUGGUGGGACUGCCUUGAGGUCUUGAGGGAUAAUACAUUGGUCACAUUAGCCAACAUUUCUGGGCAGCUAGACUUAUCUGCUUACACAGAAAGCAUCUGUUUGCCAAUUUUGGAUGGCUUACUGCACUGGAUGGUGUGCCCAUCUGCAGAGGCACAAGAUCCUUUUCCAACUGUGGGGCCCAACUCAGUCCUUUCGCCUCAGAGACUUGUACUGGAAACCCUGUGUAAACUCAGUAUCCAAGACAAUAAUGUGGACCUUAUAUUGGCCACUCCCCCAUUCAGUCGUCAGGAGAAACUUUAUGCUACUUUAGUUAGGUACGUUGGGGACCGCAAAAAUCCUGUCUGCCGAGAAAUGUCAAUGGCGCUCUUAUCCAACCUCGCCCGAGGGGACACGUUAGCGGCAAGGGCAAUAGCCGUGCAGAAGGGAAGCAUUGGAAACUUGAUCAGCUUCCUUGAGGACGGGGUCACCAUGGCCCAGUACCAGCAGAGCCAGCAUAACCUUAUGCACAUGCAGCCUCCACCUCUGGAGCCCCCUAGUGUGGACAUGAUGUGUAGGGCAGCCAAGGCCUUGUUGGCCAUGGCUCGGGUGGAGGAGAAUCGCUCUGAAUUUCUUUUACAUGAGGGCCGCUUGCUGGAUAUCUCAAUAUCAGCUGUCCUGAACUCUCUGGUUGCAUCUGUCAUCUGUGAUGUACUUUUUCAGAUAGGGCAGUUAUGACACAAGUGAGAAGCAAGCAUGUGUGAGUGGAGAUUAGAGGGUCACAUAUAACUGGCUGGUUUCUGUACCUGUUUAUCCAGUGUAGGAAGAAUGGGAAAAAAAAGAAAAGAAGAAGAAGAAAAAGAAGAAGAAGAAGAAGAAGAAGAAUCUUUGCUCCUCUGCCCCAUUCACUAUUUACCAAUUGGGAAUUUCAAAACAUUCAUUUGAACAGUUAUGGAAUUAAUAUUUGCUGUCUCUGUGCAUAAGUACAUCCUUUUAUUUUAUUUUUUUAACCAA